GAUCUCUGAACGCGUUUUCGACAAGUUGGCGAGUGUCCUAUCUUCCACAAACGUUCAGCAUCAUUUCACUCGACGCAUCCCUCGCGAUCAUGACCUCGACACUUAAGAAAUCGCGUUCAGAUGAGACCAUGGCGAGCCAGUUCGCGGCGAUGACCACCUUGAAAGAGGAUCUGUAUGAUGAGGGUUCCGUAGAUCCUGUAUACCAAGCCAAAACGCGCGUCCUAAAUCAGGCGUUGCAAGAGAUUGGAAUGGGUAAAUACCAGUGGGCAUUAUUUGCGGUCGCUGGUUUUGGGUGGUUCUCAGAUAGUAUCUGGCCGUUGCUCACAGGCCUGAUCCUGUCUCCCGUUCUCAGCGAAUUCCACUUCGACGGGCCCUUUCUUUCCCUUGCUGCCAAUAUCGGGCUAUUGGUAGGCGCACUACUUUGGAGUUUCGGUUGUGACAUAUGGGGUCGGAAAUGGUCGUUCAACUUGACGCUAUUUAUUUCCAGCGUAUUCGGUAUAGCGGCAGGGGGAUCGCCGAAUUUUGUUGCCCUCGCGUGUCUUGUAGCGAUCCUCGGUGUAGGUGUUGGGGGAAAUAUGCCCGUAGAUUCCGCUGUAUUCCUAGACUUUGUGCCGGGUUCACAUCAGUACUUGUUGACAGUUUUAUCAAUAUGGUGGGCCCUCGGCCAACUACUCGGCUCUCUGGUCGCAUGGCCACUCAUCGCGAAUUUCUCGUGCUUACCGACAGCCAGUUCCUGCACACGCGCCGAAAACAUGGGCUGGCGCUACCUGCUCUUCACCCUCGGCGGUCUCAUGUUCCUGCUCUCCCUCCUCCGCAUGUUUGCCUUCCGCCUGCACGAAUCUCCGCGCUUCCUCAUUGGACGCGGCCGGGAUGCCGAAGCCGUCGCCGUCGUGCACGCGAUUGCCGCAUACAACAACGUAGAGAGUAGGCUGUGCGUCGAGGAUCUAGAGGAGGCAGCGAAGACUGUGAAGGAUCGGGAGGGGGCGAAUUUGCACAAGUGGAAAGUCCUCAGUGAGAGUUCCAGUUGGGGGCCAAAACACGUAAAGGCAUUGUUCGCCACGCCGAAAUUGGCGCUGUCGACGAGUUUGUUGAUCGCCCUCUGGGGGAUCAUUGGGCUCGCAUCGACCUUGUAUAACAACUUUUUGCCUUAUCUCUUUGCCAGCCGUGGAGCAAGGUUCGACGACGCAACCUAUUACACGACCUACCGCAACCAAGUCAUCCUCUCCAUCACGGGCAUCCCAGGCGCUUUCCUCGCGGGUUGGGCGAUCGAGCGGCCCCUGAUAGGGCGGCGCGGAACGCUAGCGCUCUCCGCGGGGCUCACGGGGGCGUUUUUGCUCGCGAGCACCACCGCCCGCAGCUCUCCAGCGCUGCUCGGGUGGAACUGCGGGUAUGCAUUCUUUAGUAAUAUAAUGUACGGCGUCUUGUACGCGAUUUCGCCUGAGCUCUUUCCCGCCAAAGACCGUGGUACGGGCAACGGCCUCGUCUCGACUGCUACGCGUGUCUUCGGCGUCGUUGCUCCCAUAAUCGCUCUUUAUGCUGAUAUCAACACAUCUGUACCAGUGUACAUCGCUGGAGCUCUUACUGUCGGUGCAGGUGCGCUCGCGCUUCUGUUGCCGUUCGAACCUCGGGGCAAGGCGUCGAUCUGAACGACUGCUUGCUGGAUGAGUCGAUGUGGAGGAUAACAGUGAUAUGGGCGACGUAAAGGUAAAAUUCUGGAAGGAUCCUUUUCUUGGGUUUUCGUGCGUCCCUUUCCUUUAAUUUUAUCUUUCUGAAUCCCUUUAGGAGCGGCCUGCUUGCGUGGUGCUCAUCGUCCGUGCAUGGCAUUGUUGCUCGUUUGUAUGAGCUUCUUUGGAAUCUUGAAGAGAGGAAACGAACGAACUGCUUAGGUACACUUUCACUUGACAUUGCGAAAGCGCCGUACGAAAUUCGAUGUAAUAGAAAUCCACCAGUUCAAGUCAUCUUUCGCUU